AAAAAUACAUCUGAUCCCUGCAGCUGAGAUCGCAAUUUGCGCUGUUCGUCUUGGUUCGGCCACUUUCUGACAAUCCGAGCUCAUCAGUCCGGCAACAAGCACAUGAAGCAGAGGUGGCAGCACACAGCUGGGAUAUCUGUGUCCCAUCCUGACAAAAAGGACUGUGAUGAGUGCCAGUUCCUGACUGGACAUGUGGAGUAUUAGGUAAGAUCCAACUGAGGAGACUCUGCUUCAGACACUGCCCUGCCUUAGACAAACAGGAUUUGAACCCUGGGGUCACAUCACGGACUCUCCAUAGCCAGAGGAGACAAUUCUUCAGUGUUGUUAUCAGAAAUGGCUAAUAAUAGAUGACAAGAAAGCCAGAGCGUUCUUUUGCCGGAGUCGUCUUAUGUAGCAGCCACAGCCGGAGAAGACAGCCGUCCUCGACUUUGGUGAAUCAUGAUUCCCAUAACUGAGCUGCGCUACUUUGUUGAUACGCAACCUACGUAUCGCAUCCUAAAGCCAUGGUGGGACGUGUUCACAGACUAUUUAUCGGUUGUAAUGCUGAUGAUCGCAGUAUUCGGGGGCACACUUCAGGUCACGCAGGACAAGAUGAUCUGCCUACCCUGCAAGUGGGUCGUUAACAAGACCUGUAGAAAGUAUUUCAAUGCAACAUUUUCUGUGCCCUUGACUCUUGAGCCUCAAGGAAUCCAGUAUGACCUCGAUCGCCACCAGUACAACUACGUCGAUGCUGUGUGUUAUGAAAACAAGCUUCACUGGUUUGCUAAAUAUUUCCCAUAUUUGGUGCUGCUGCAUACGCUCAUCUUUCUGGCUUGCAGCAACUUCUGGUUCAAGUUCCCUUGGACGAGCUCUAAACUGGAACAUUUUGUGUCAAUCCUACUGAAGUGUUUUGACUCGCCUUGGACCACAAGAGCGCUGUCUGAAACAGUCGUGGAGGAAAGCGACACCAAAGCUCUGGUGAAAAUGAACGGUUCCUUCGAUAAGAAGGCUUCGUAUGUGAGCGAAGACGUCGAGGCGAGUGUUCCCAUGCUGUCAACAACCAGAUCUCGUAUUGAGCAAGGAAUCGUGGACCACUCUGAGACUGGUGUCCUGGACAAAAAGGAAGGUGAACAGGCGAAGGCAUUGUUUGAGAAGGUGAAGAAGUUUCGAACUCAUGUGGAAGAAGGCGAUAUAGUUUACCGACUAUACAUCCGACAGACCAUCAUCAAAGUUGUUAAGUUUAUUCUUAUUAUUUGCUAUACCGGCUACUAUGUCCACAAUAUCCAGUUCAGCGUCGACUGCAAUGUGGACAUCGAGAGUCUCACUGGUUAUCGCAUGUACAACUGUGCCCAUCCCCUGGCCACUCUCUUCAAGAUCUUAGCCUGCUUUUACAUUAGUCUAGUUAUCGUGUACGGGAUGAUAUGUGUGUACACCCUCAGCUGGAUGCUACGGCGCUCUCUCAAGAAGUACUCGUUUGAGUCAAUCCGAGAGGAGAGCAGCUACAGCGACAUCCCAGAUGUGAAAAACGACUUCGCCUUCAUGCUGCAUAUGAUUGACCAGUACGACCCCCUCUACUCCAAACGGUUUGCGGUCUUCCUCUCAGAGGUGAGCGAGAACAAACUCCGCCAGCUGAACCUCAACAAUGAAUGGACUUUGGAAAAGCUUCGGCAGAGGAUCACGAAAAACUCUCAAGAGAAGCUGGAGCUCCAUCUGUUCAUGCUCAGUGGGAUCCCAGACACGGUCUUUGACUUGUCGGAGUUGGAGGUUCUGAAGCUUGAGCUCAUCCCUGAUGUCACCAUCCCACCAAUCAUAGCCCAGCUGACGAACCUCCGAGAGAUGUGGCUGUACCACACACCAGCCAAAAUAGAGGCUCCAGCUCUUGCGUUUCUGAGAGAGCACCUGAAAUCGUUGCACAUCAAGUUCACUGACAUAAAGGAGAUUCCUCUGUGGAUCUACAGCUUGAAGAACCUAAGCGAGUUGCACCUUACUGGGAACCUCAGUGCUGACAACAAUCGCUACAUCGUUAUCGACGGUUUACGAGAGCUAAAGCGACUGAAGGUUCUGAGACUGAAAAGUAACCUUACAAAACUGCCUCAGGUGGUCACGGAUGUUGGAAUGCAUCUCCAGAAGCUGUCCAUCAACAACGAAGGCACCAAGUUGAUGGUGCUCAACAGCUUAAAGAAGAUGGUGAACCUGUCCGAGCUGGAGCUUGUCCGCUGUGAUCUGGAGCGCAUUCCUCAUUCCAUCUUCAGCCUGCACAAUUUACAGGAGCUCGAUCUUAAGGAUAACAACCUGAAAACCAUUGAGGAGAUCAUUAGUUUUCAGCAUCUUCAUCGACUUGUUUGUCUAAAGUUGUGGUAUAAUCAGAUUGCAUACAUACCUAUUCAGAUAGGUACCUUGGUCAACCUGGAGCGCCUCUAUUUAAACCGCAACAAGAUCGAGAAGAUACCAUACCAGCUCUUCUUCUGCCGGAAGCUGAGGUUUCUCGAUCUGAGCCAUAACAAUCUGACUGACAUCCCGUCAGAAAUAGGAACUCUACAGAACCUUCAGUACCUUGCUGUAACUGCCAAUCGGAUUGAGGCUCUUCCCCCUGAAUUGUUUCGGUGUAAGAAAUUGAGAACACUGAACCUCGGAAACAACUGCCUGCAGUCCCUACCCUCACGGUUUGGGGAGCUCACCAGUCUGACACAGCUGGAGCUGAGGGGCAACAGGCUGGAGUGCCUUCCUGUAGAACUUGGGGAGUGCAGAUUGCUGAAGAGGAGUGGCCUAAUUGUGGAGGACAGUAUUUUCAACACUUUACCUUCAGAGGUCAAAGCGCAGCUGUGGAGAACUGACAAAGAGGCUUCUUGAAACGGAUGCAUGAACCUGAGAGCAUUUGCCUGUGUGAAGAUUUUAAAUGGUGUGAGGAGAGGAAUUCAAUCCAAAAUGAUAUGUUUGUUAAAUAUUUCAGGGUUCAUUAGAAUGUUUCCUGAAAGACAUAAGGGGUGUUUCACAUUAUGGCAUGUCAUGUUUUAUUAUAACCGACAGCCAUGGCAUUUCUGUUGACAGUCACUGAGGAGUGAGCAGACCAAAUAUUACAUCAGGAUUAAGGUGCUGUUCAUUUUUGCCUUAAUUUACACAAUACCAUACAGAUAUUGUAUUAUAAACAUUUUGACAAUUUUAUACCAGUGUUACUGUGUGUGUAAAAUCACUCUUCUGUUGCCAAUUCUUAAAUCCAUGGCUCUGUACGGUUGAAGAUUUCAAAUUCAACCUGAUAAGGGUUUACAGUUUUUACAGUUUACUGCUAAAAUACUACUUGUUUAUUUGAAAUUGUUGGGCAAAACUGUUCAAAUUGCUCCUCAUUAAUAUGUGAAUAACUCGUCAAUGUAUUCUAAAACUUUGAGAGCACUAGAUAACGUUUGAGCAUUUGUUUAUACAAGCCCUACAUGUUACCCAGCACAAUAUU